AUGAAUACUCGGAAGUCGACUUUCUCCCGGAAGGCUCAAUCACUCCAUCGAAUCUACCUUUACCUGCGCGUGAUCUAUGAAAGUACUGCCGUUAGAAGGUCAAAAAGCGGAAUUUCCAGGUUUUCGCCAUCACUAGGCUCACAAAGAACGUUUGGCCCGCAACCUGUAUUUUCCAAGCAGCACCUUUUCAUUGAAGACGAUGAGACGCCUUCAUCGAUGAUUCCCAUGGGGGCGGAUAUGAUAACAGGCGAGAGCACCUUAUUAGAGAUGUCGGCAUACGAAUGCAUAUACGGUAUACCGCAAAGCCUUCUGAUUCUCCUAAAGGAAUCCAUCGAGGUCAUCGAUGAGGUGAAUCACCAUCGCAUGAAUACGGAGGACACGUCUAUCCCAGAGAGUCUGAACCAAAUUUGUGACGACCUUGAACAGAAGAUCAUGGACUGGCCACUCGAUGAGCGGCUUCAUCGUUACGAAGAGUCUACAAAUGGCAUCAGUGCCACCAUCAUCUACCACCAGACUCGAGCAUUCCUAAAUGCUCUCAUCAUCUAUUUCUCGCAGAGUGUCAGGUUAAUGAGCCAUCGGUAUCUCCGCCAAUAUGUCCAGGCAGUUCUAGAUAGUAUCGAGGCCAUUGAACAGCUCAAAGCGGAAACUAAAAUCCUUGCUGCCCCGCUUUUCUGGCCAGCAUUCAUGGGUGCCACUGAGGCCUUUGAGCCUAGACACCAAGAACGCUUUCGUUUGUGGUACGAGCGAGUGGAAGUAUAUGGAAUUGAAGCUGUGAGGACAGGCAUACAAGUUGUGCACGAAGUUUGGAGGCAGGGACCAACAACAAAUCGACAAAUGCAUUCUGGCUGGCGCAACGUUGUGGAACAGACGGGGGAUCAUCUCAUGUUAACUUAA